AUGCCACAAAAGCAGGAAAGCUCCGACAGUAUGCAUAUUGAGGCGACGGCUCCAUUGCAAAUUCCUAUUCAUGACGAUUUGGAAGAGGCAAAAGCGAGCUCGAUCUAUGAGGGAAAUGCGGUUGGUUACAAGGAGUACCGAGAAGGAUUGCACCUUGAGUUCACUGCAAAGGAAGAAGCUAUAGUCAGAUGGAAGAUUGAUCUCGUUGUACUUCCUAUCUUCCUCAUCACUCAGGCAUUGCAGUUCAUAGACAAGACAGCCUUGAAUUAUGCAAACUUACUCGGAUACCAAGAGACCCUGGACUUGAAAGGUCAACAGUUCAAUUACCUUUCAGCGAUGGUGUAUGCCGGCUACUUCUUUGGUCAAUACCCGUGUGGAUGGCUUGUUGGAAGAUUCCCUGCCCAACGUGUAUUGGGAGUGAGCUGCAUAAUGUGGGGAUUGAUGGUUAUUAUCAUGACCCAAUGCCAUACAUUCUCCGGUGCUUUGGGUGUUCGCUUUAUAAUGGGUAUCUUUGAAGCCGCCGUCACCCCAGGUUUGACCCUCAUGACCGGAUUCUGGUAUACACGACAGGAAAUCCCUCUUCGCCAGUGUAUUUGGUACUCGGCACUUGGCUGGGGUGGCAUUGUUGGAUCCUAUAUUUCAUUCGGAAUCACUAAGCUCCCAAUUUACAUGAGCCCAGCACGCUGGGAGUUGUUGUUUUACAUUCUCGGAGGCGCUACUUGUCUCUGGUCGUUUGUGAUCUUCUUUCUUCUGCCUGAUUCGCCUUCAAGUGCCUUCUUCUUCACCAAAUCUGAGCGCAUAAUUGCGGUCAAGCGUGUUGCUGGCAAUCAAACUGGUAUCAAGAACAAGGUGUUUGACCUGAAGCAAGGUAUGGUUGCAUUUAAGGAUCCAAAAGCCAUCCUACUCUUCAUCUCCGUAUUUGCCGCCGCCAUUCCCAACGGUGUUGUGAACUCUUUCUCGGCGAUCAUUAUCAAGGAUAUGGGUUUCUCCCAAACGAUGACUACAGAGUUGAAAUCUGUCGGCGAUGCAGUUGUCAUCAUUUCGUUGAUUAUCGGUGGCGCUAUCACAUUAAACGUACCCAACUCCCGGCUGCUUACCUCGACUGCUGCCAAUAUUCUUUGCACUGUUGCAGCUGCCUGUAUGGCUUAUCUUCCGCAGGAGCAAAAAUGGCAGAGACUGGUCUGCUUUUGGCUAGUAAAUGCUCAAUCUGUCGGCUUCACGGUUUCAUUGGUGACCAUUUCCUCCAAUAUGGCUGGUUAUACCCACCGGGCUAUGGCUAAUGCUCUUGUGUUUACUGCCUAUUGCUGGGGUAACUUUGCCGGGCCCUUUGUGGUGAAGGAAUCGCAGGCCCCUCGAUAUGAGGGCGCCACGAUUGGUCUGCUAGUCGGUUAUGCAAUCAAGGCAGCAUGCCAUCUUUCAUUGCUUGGCUACAUGUUUAUCAUCAAUCGCCGUCGCGACUCACGCUAUGGCCCGUCUGACAAGGCUAGAAGUAACGAGGCCGGAAUGCAAGACCGGACAGAGUUUGAGAACAAAGAUUUCAGAUAUGUACUCUAA